AUGGCGGGAAAUGAUAUGAAGCUUGUGGUGAUGGCGAUGAUUUUGAUCAUGAUAGGAGAAGUUGCUGCUGUGAAGGCGGAUAACCGGUGCAUGAUGAAAUGCCAGAUAAAGUGCCUUCCCCGCAUACGCCCUCUGUGCGUUACCGAAUGCUUGAAAAACUGCGACAAGCAGCCACUUCUGGACGUCUUCUCGGGUUGUACAUCUGACUGUGCAUAUUCUGUGUGCUCCAAAUUCACAUCAGAUGAGAAUAAAUUGAAAGAGUGUGUGAGUUCCUGCUCCAACAAUUGCAACAAGUAG